UUCUCUUCUCUCUGCUCCGAUUCUGAGUGAUCAUUUCACUUCAAGUUCUCUUCUCGUCUGUUUUGUGAUUUCUUUAUUAUAUAUAGAUGAAUCUUCCUGCUCUCAUGCAUCCCAGUGCUCCCAUUAAUGCUCCUUUCUCUAUUACUUUAUUAGUAAUGUCUGUCUGUAGUGUUCUUAAUUAAUCUUUAAUCCUUGACAGUUCCAUUUCUUGUUACCUUCUACUGAGUGUAAAGUUUGAAGGAAUUGAAAGAAGAAAAAAAUGGGGUGCGGUGCUUCUAUGUAUCCACUUGGGGGGAGAGAUAAGAAAAGUGUACCAGAAGUGGUAGUGUAUGUUCCUUCAAUGAGAAUACCAGCACACUCUGAUCUUCAAAGGCCACUAAGAGGGUUAAUUCCUCAAGAUCUUGCUGAUAGGUUGGCCUGCCUUCGCAAUCAGAUUGUGUUAGUGGCUGAGGAUACAGGUGGAUCUGCUGUGACUGAACUAAGGAGGGCACUGGAAGAGUACUUGUCUCUUCUUAUUGGGCUCACCAAGAAAGAACAUGGAGUCGAGGGCUUGGUCGAGUUCAAGUGGAAAAAUCUGGAAAGUGGCCGGCAGGAAAACUCUGUGGCAAACUCCUGGUUUGAAUUAUUAUCUGUCAUUCACAUGAUAGCAAUGCUUACUUUGUCAGAGGCCAACACAUUGAUGAUCCCUAAGGAUCGCUCUGGUUCUGGCAUUAGGGUUGUAUCUUCAGAUUGUAAGAGGGAUGCUGUUGAUUUACUGAUUAAGGCAUCAGGAUGCUUGGUAUUCUGUGUCCGUGAAAUCUUGGCUCAUUUACCACCAGAUAUCAAGAAAACCUUUUCAAAAGAUUUCCAAGAUGGUGUCCUGGAGGCUAUAUCCAUUCAAGCGCUAGGCCAGGGAACUGAAAUUCAGCUCGGUUUCGCCGUUGAAAGUCAAAAGGCUUCUUUAUCUGUGAAGAGGAGGUUGGCAUGUGAACAGCUGAUCUACUUUAGUCAGGCUUAUCACUUCUUGUCAGGGCUUGACAUGAGUAAUGGGCAUGGAAAGAAGCAUCUCUGUUUCAUUAAGUGGAAGUUCCUUGAAGCAAAGGCUGCAGCUUACUACUACCAUGGUCUGAUCCUUGACAAGGGCACUGAACCAGCCUGUCAUGUUAGUGCUGUAUGCUGUUUUCUAGCUGCAGGUGGGCUUUUGUCAGAGAGCAAGAAGGCCUGCUUAACCUUUUGCCUCACAGCUCCUGUUACCAGAUCUCCUCCGCUUUGGGGUGCAAUGAAGCACUUGCAUCAGAAAAUUCCUGAAGUUGCAUCAAGGAAGUCUCAGAUGUAUGGCUACCUCCUGGAAGAAGAGAAGGCUCUACAAGCACUGCCUGACCUACCAGAUUUCCAGUUGUCAUUGGCACCUGAUGACUAUGUAUUGCCGGAAAUAGAUCCAGCAUGGGAUCGCGAUAAGUGGGGCAUACAUAGUCAGCCCUUAAAGGAGCACCUCAAAGAUUCUGAAGAUGAGACUGGAACUUAAUGAAACCCUCUAUGAACUCUUCUUCUGUGUAAUUGGAUAUGUGCUCUAAUGAACUUGAAACUAUGCCACGCAAGGCUAAUACAGUACCAUACCUUACCAAGUUGCCAUAGGAUAGCAACAAGAUACUUUCUUGAUCUGUCUCCGCAUCCAUGUAAAUUUUAGUUUAAAACGCUGUCUAAUAAAACCUGUAAAGAGUUUGUAUCUCUAGAAGCAAGUUCUUCUGUUUUGAUGCUAGACAAAUAGGCACCAGAUGUUUCCUUUCCA